UCGCUCAAGCCAUAGACCUCGGUCUACGUAGCGAAACUUCACAAUUUAGGAACAAUUUCCUAAAUUACCACCGGAAGGGGUAGAUUAUCCUGUUGUGUGGUGAUGACUUUUGCGAGCGAAAGUACCCCUGCACAGUCCGGAAAAGGCCAGUUCUAGGGUCUACCCUAGGUAAAACGGGUUAGAUGUAUUUCUUCACCUGAAGAAGCAAUAUCGCCCGUGAUGCUAAUGAAGUAACGCUGAACUUGAGAACUGUGGUCUACCAUCCCUCGUCAGUUGUUGAUUUCGUGGGGCCACUCACACGAGAAGAGUAAUUCGGGCUUCUCUAGAUUUAGUAGUUUCUCUGGAAAACUGGUUUCACUCGGGAUGUAAUUCACUGCGACCCAAACAUCAGAUACUGCUGUGGACUUAAAUUGUUAUCGUGGGUCGAGUUCUUGGCGAUAACUGAAAUCGGAAGAACGAGUCUCAGGAUUGUCUACUUGGGGCCAACUAGUUAGCUAGCAUAUCUAGCUGCUAGCAAGCUAACUUUAGCGGAACUGCAGAAGACAACCAGCAUAACAGACUGUCUCACUCACCUGCGGUGCUUGUCAGGACUAAGUCCUUGGCCAAUGCAAGGAGGAACAGUCACCUCAGUGUUCCCUAGCAGCCAUUGACCUGUUAGUUUACCAGCCAGAGAAAGGCCCCAAUGGAAUACAAUGCAGAUGUAAAAUGGUUUGGGCCCCAGGAGUGUGCCCAUGGGUUGGUGAUGUGUGUGGAGACUGGCUGGGUCGACGGGGAGGACCCACAGAAACUCGGACACAGACACAGCAUGGAGCUCUGAAGAGGACGAGGGGGUCCCAGGCUGGAAUGACUAGCAUCGCACUACAGUCUUUUUUGUUGAUGCAAUUGCACUGGAGCAAGGACGCAGAAUAACUUACGUUUUUUUUAAUUAUUAUUAUUAUUUUCUUUUUCAUUUUAUUGUUUUAUAGUAAUUUUUUAAAGAAGAUAUAUUUUUUGGUCAUUUUGCCAAACAUUUUUUUUUGGUGUAUACAAAUGCAUCUAUACAUGAAUGCACCACAUCUAUCAAGCAUUGACUAACAGCAAAACUCAAGUCAGCACACCUUUGUGAUGUCUUUGAUCAGCUGAGAGACUAAUAUUUAAUUUUUGUACUCACAUCAAUCUAAGUAUCAAUGAAGCCAUGCAGAAAUCUAUUUGAAUGAAGUGGCAGCUAUUUUUUUUAUUGCCAAUUAAUUUUUUUUUUAUCUUGAAUAGUUGUCUAACAUUGUAUAUCUCCUGCUAACUUGCAGAUGCACACAUUCUGACCUACUCUAAUAGUGCCACAACCUCACUUUCCUGGACACAUAAAACACGGAUGUGAAGUCUCUCCUUGUUUACCCCAAACACUUAAUCCUUCUCUCUGUCCUUUCUGAAGUGAAUACUUCACCCCUCCUUUGUCCUCUGUGUUUCCUUGAUUUUGACCAUGCCAACACUCUCCACUCUCAUAACACAAAGGGCAUAGUUUCUUGUCUUGUUGACCCUCUCGUUCACACAUACAUAUCCUACCCCUUUAUCCCUUCUCUCUCUCUCUCUACCUCUCACUCUCUCUCCAUGCCGGCUGGUCUGAGCAUGGGUGGGGCUUUAGGAGCCCCCUCCUCCCCUUCCCGCCCAUUUCGCCCUAGUCGCUAUGUCCCUGUAUCCGCGGCGACCGUAUUCUUGGUGGGCUCGACGACACUCUUCCUGUGUUUCACGUGUCCUUGGUUGUUUGAGGUGUACUCCUCCAUCAUCCCUCUCUACAAUACACUUAUUUUCCUCUUCACCUUGUCCAACUUCUGCAUGGCCACAUUCAUGGACCCUGGCAUCUUCCCCAGAGCGGAGGAGGAUGAGGACAAGGAGGAUGACUUCCGGGCGCCACUGUACAAGACGGUGGAGGUGCGGGGGAUUCAGGUGCGCAUGAAGUGGUGCUCUACCUGCCGUUUCUACAGGCCCCCUCGCUGCUCGCACUGCUCUGUCUGUGACAACUGCGUCGAGGAUUUCGACCACCACUGCCCCUGGGUCAACAACUGCAUCGGGAGACGGAACUACCGCCACUUCUUCCUGUUCCUGCUGUCACUCACAGUCCACAUCAUGGGCGUGUUUGGCUUCAGCCUCGUGUACAUCCUCCACCACACACAUAAGCUGGACACGCCACAGUCUGCCGUCACUAUAGCAGUCAUGUGUGUGGCCGGCCUCUUCUUCAUCCCAGUUGCUGGGCUGACGGGAUUCCAUAUUGUCCUGGUAGCACGAGGACGAACCACCAACGAGCAGGUGACGGGGAAGUUUAAGGGUGGAGUGAACCCAUUCACCAAAGGCUGCUUGAGGAAUAUAUCCCACGUGCUGUGCAGCUCCCAGGCUCCCAGGUAUUUGGGUCGCUUGCGGAAGUCCGUUUCUCUUGAAAUACAGCCGCCAUUUUUGCGACCACAUCCUCAAGAUGAAACCGAUAAGGCGCUGGACAAUGGAAUUCAACAGUCGAAAAGCAGUCUGGAGCUGAUGGAGAGCCAGUCCACAGACGCAGAGCCCCCGCCUCCCCCACCCCCUGAUUUCCGCUACCCAGGGCUGUCACAGACGCACACUGAGGAGAGCAGCUUGCUUCACGAAGCUCCACCCACCCCUUCUUUGAACAAGUACCGGCCGGCUAGGAGCAGCCCAGGAAGGAACCACACUGCCAUAGCGCACUCGACCAAGAUGACUCGCGGAGACAGCUGUGUCUCCGACCCCAGUCUCUCUGGCCGGGUGGGGGCGGGUGGGCGUGGGGGAGUCGGGGGUGGCGGCGCAGGCCCGGGGGGGCUGGGCGGGGCUUCCACUUUGGGCGGGCGCUCCUACCCCUCCUUCACCGACACGCUGCUCCAGUCGGCGGCGGCCUCGCGCUCGUCGAGCCUGCGCUCGGCCUACACGGCGCACAACGCCCUGGGCCCGCUGCUCUCGGAGGGCACCACCACCUCCACCAGCUACAAGAGCCUGGCCAAUCAGACGCGCAACGGCAGCCUGUCCUACGACAGCUUGCUCACGCCGUCCGAGAGCCCCGAGUUCGAGUCGGCCGCCCCCGAGCUCUCCCCUCCCAGGCCGCACCCUCCGCCCGGCGGCCCGCUGAGCCCCGCCCCAGUCGGCGAGGAGCCCCCGCCCAUACUGGGAUACUCCUCCCCCUUCCUGUCCGCUCAGCAGCGGGAAGGCUCUCUCCAGGCCUGCCCCGCCCGCCUAAGCUACUCCUCCCACCGCGCUUUGUUCCGCCCCACCAGCCCGCCCCCGGUCCAAGCCCUCGCCCUGCCCCACUCUCCUCGUGCUCGCUCCCUGGGCUCUCCUCCGCCAGGCUCCGCCCUCCCGUCCGCGCUGGGCAAAUCACUGUCCUACACGGGCGGAGCCACGGUCCAGCGCCGCCCUCCUAAAGCUGGGGGAGGGACCCAGGUGGCAAACUCCACCACUCGACCCAGCCUGGCCAAUCACAGCACUCUCUCAUCGUUUAACCCUGCCCUUAAAACAGGGGAUGAAGUGAAGAAGGUGACUGGCAUUGGGGGCACAACCUAUGAGAUAUCAGUGUAGCACCAAGGGCCAUGUCACAUCACAUGAUUGAUCUCCUACCCUGCCUCUGACGUCCUUCUGUUGAAGAAGGAAGGCUGGUAAACUUGCACUGGCACAGCUGAUCAAAGACUCCUGCCCUACUGGCGUUGGAGGUGAACUCAACGCUCAUCCAAAAAGAAAAAGGACUUUUUUUUUUAUCAGCCAGUGAAUGGUUCAAAAGAAAGUGGGGUAUAUGCAUACAUAUGAAAUGAAAUCUAUAUCUGUGUUAAGAUCAUUGGGUCCAUAUAUGGGAUGAGCAGUAUGAUGUCGACCAAAGUGAAGCAUGACGCUAUGAGGACGAGCACAUUGAUUCAUGGCCAGUGAUCAGCUGAGGACCAGGCUCACAGGAGCUUUGAUUGAUUGGAGGUCCACUCAUUUGAAUUCUGUUUUUGCUUAUUUCUUCUUUUCUUAGAUUUUUAUUAUGUUUUAUUGUAUGUGUUUUUUUGUCUUCAAAUGUUAUUUUAUACAAAUAUCUAUCUAAAAGAGUUACUGUGUGUGGCAACUGAAUCAGGAAAGAAGAUAAAUGGUUAAAAGAGUGCAAUUGUUUUAGGGUAGGUCGUCUUUUCAUAAUUUGAUUGAUGGCUGUAUCAGCCUGUCGUACACCCUGUUUGAGAUCUCAGCCAAAGAGAUAGGUAUGAUCAGGGAUCUUGAUUUUGACGGACAGCACAUAUAGUCAAUGGGACUGAUAUUAUCCAUGGCUCAACAGCACAAAAAAAGGAUUUAAUGGAAUAUAACUGAAUGUUCGUCAUGGAGAUUUUAUGCAAAAUGUCUGUCCUGAAGAAUGUGUAAAAACAUUUGCGCCUUUGUCUUAACUGCAAGAUUAAGAACAAUUGUGCUGCUCUCAAAGAACUCAGCACUAUAGGUGAGGUGAAAUCGUACACUGUUCACAUUUAUGUUUGCCCUGAAGUUAAAAGUUAUAACAUGUCUUAUCCAUAUUCAUAAUGCCUGUAUAUAACACUAGAUUUUGGGGUAAGGGGUUUGUUUUAUAUAUUGGCAUACUCUCUCAAUCUAAACAGCAGUGGAAUUAUUUGAAUUUCAGCAUUUGUAUCUGCAUGGUUGGUGUCCAAUGUACCUCCUGUGCUCUUUUAAAGGAAUAGAACUGUACAUGGUGCGUGUCUAAUUUGGUCUAAUUUGGUCAAAUUGAUUUUGAGAAGAAAACGUGUGUGCAAUAUUUGAUGCAUGUUCCCCAUUUCACAGUUUUAGCCUGUGCAUUGUCCCAAGUGACAUUCUUAGAGGUGAACACUUGUCCUGUCCUGCUAACAUCAGUUCAUUUCUUCCUCCUCUGCUUUCGAGAAAGGAGACCUGCCGCACCUACUUAGCGGGCUCGGUCCCUACUUUAAUGGCCAUAUUCUGAGGUAAACAUGCUGGUACUGUGAAUCAGAUAAUGCUUCCUGGUUUAGCAGCUGUAGCAUUCUCAUUCAUUUCAGAGAAUCCCACAAAUCAAUGGAGCUUAAUUUGAGCAUUUGUUUUAGGAGCACGUGCAACACUUGAGUGGUAAAUGUCACAGCACAGCCCUCAGAAUAUGGCUUUGAAAGUAUUUGGUACUUUGGUUCGUCAUGAAUUCUCAACUAAAAGACAUCAAAUUAUGUGUUGUGUUAUUAUGUGACGGGGAAUAACUGUUUUGCCAGUGUCAAAAACACGCUGUCUCAUCAACUCUUUGUCAUUGUGGUUGGCCAAUGCUGUUUCCCAAUCUAAGCCAUUAUUUCCUAUUGCUUUACAAGAAUGAACAGCCAGAAUAAGAUGUGUGAGCUAUGCUGUGUGGUCCUUUGCUGAUUGGAGAGUGAAUUAAAUAAUAGUAAUGUGAAGGUGACGGUAGAAUAUAUAAUGUUGCUGUGCACUUUUUAGAUGUAUUUUUUUACUGUUGUAUCAUUGCAGGGCUAGUGCUUCGUAUGAUGUUGGAACAUUGCCAGCUGACGUAAGAGGUUACUUUUUACUGUAUAGGGGUAUGAGGCUGCAUGUCUGUGAGCUUGAACAAAACAAGGACAGACAGGGUGGAGAGAUGCAUGAGAGCUCAUCUGGGUUUGCUUUUCCUGAGGUACCCUGUUACAGUGUAUAAUGUUGAUGCACAUUACACGUUGUGGGAGUAAUGCUCACUUUGUGUGGCGUUAAAGGUGUGUGUUUUGCACAGUGUGUGUUUGUUUGACUUUGUUGAUACGAUCAGAAUGUCCAGUCUGUGGAAGCAUUUUCCUGUGGAAUGUCCAGCAUUGUGUGUGAGGAUGGUAAAUGUUGGUAGGCUGUCAUUUCUAAGAAAACAUACUCUGCAGAAAUCACAAAUGGCCCCCUGACCUAACAUUAGCUUUAAAGAUAAGAUGCCUCACCCUUAACUCUCACCUUUCAAAGUCUUCUUUGAAGUUAAUGGCGUUAUUCAAGCUCGGUGGAAGAGUUUAAUCAGUGUAGUUUGACUCAGGCCAAUAGGAAAAUUACGUGAUUCAAGCCCUCUAACCUCAGAAGACAUAGUCAAGCUUAAGAUGUUUGUUUAGACAUUGUAUGACUGUUUUUUCCAUGGUAGCUUAAUAACCUCUCCACCCUGGCCUUAUGACGCCUUAUAAGUGUUCUUAGGGCUGUGAACUAAGAUGAGAGGUUGCAUUAUCAUUGGCAAGUGGUGGUCACACACAAAUGCAAUCCCUUUUUACAGUUGUGAACAAAAAUGGAAAACAAAUUCCAUUCAAUGAUCAAGACAGCUGAGACCACUGAAACGUUUUGUGUUUUAAAAUGUUUUUAUGUUAGAUGCACACUUCCAUUUGAGACUGGCAAAUGUGAAGCUUUGUAUGUGUUAGUGAUCACUGCUCUGGUUCCAACUCAAAGCUUAUGGGGGUAGACAGCAUGGACUGGAGGCAUUUUGAAAGGAUUGUUUCACCCUUUACUGGAGCUGAAGGUUUUUUUUUUCAUGAGGCAGAGACAAAUAACGACAAGGCAGAGGCAGACAAAUAAAGACGAGAAGAUAUU